UUGCACGAUAUCAACUUCAGACAUUUUAGGAUUCAUUUUGCCAUCAUUCGUCAUUAACUUGAACAAAAGUAAUUCUUCGGUGGUUUUGUCGAAAGCCCUGACAUAAUCAUCCAUUUUUUCACACACUUGUUCAACUAACUCGGAUAAUUUUAACUCGGAUUUUUUCUGCGAAAUAGUUUUGUGUUUGAAAUUUCCCUCACCAUCCAAUCUGUACCCCCCAACAUCAACUUUUUUCGAGGGGUCCAAAGCGUUCACAGCGUUGCUUAACUCCUCCACAGUUUGUUUGCAAACUAAAAAUUACACAAAAUAAAUAUUUUAUUAUUGCGCUAGAUUAUUCCGCUUACCUAAACAUUUUAAUUCUUGGACGUUAAUCUUCUGACCUAUUGUUGAAUAAGCUUGCAAAAUAAAAAAUAAAACGAUUAUUUUCAUGGUGUUUACUCGGUAUACCAAGUUUGCAGUUUGGCUGCGUUGGAAAAAUUAUGAAUUUUGAUAUUUUUCUUGUUGACACGUAUUCGGGUUAUGAUUGGACGACGCGAACAACCUUGAAAUGCCUCGGCCAAUUAAAAACCUUUACCUAUUUCGAUAGGUUUUUAAAUUUCGAAGGGUUUCUAACCAAAUAAAUUAUAUUAUUCGUUUUAUUAGUUUUAUUUUAAUUAAAAUUUCUCUUUUUAUAAAGUACUACUUAUAAUUUUAAUAACGAUUAAAUGGUUAAAAUAAAAAUGUAAUUGUAAUAAUAAAAUGCUUUUUAAAACAGAUUGACCUGGUUUAAAAUCGUUAAAAGAAAUAAUCAAUUGUUUACAAGUAGGUAAUCGUAGAAAAAAGAUUAGUAUUUUGGUAAACACGUCGGAACAAUAAAAUUCCCGCGAUUUUUUAAAUAAUUGCGGCGUUCGUGAGCGUUCGGCAGUGGUUCGGUUUGUUUCGGCGGGAGUGGACGAGUCCAUUGUGGAAAAGGUGGCGUCGGUGGCGUUGUCAAAGAUGGAAUUCGGCAAUAAUCAGCAAAAAGCGGUUGAUUGUUGAAGGAAAAGGCCGCACGAUUGUCAAAGAGUUGAUUGUUGCUGAAGAGGUGCAGUUUAAAGUGUUGAAUUUCAAAUGUUGCGAAUGUUGUUGGGCGAAGCGGGUCGAUCCAUCGCGAAUGAACUCGUCCAAACAAGCUUGUGAGAUUUUGAAGCAGGCAGUCGCAAAUCGGUCAUCGUUCUGGGAGGUUCUUAACAGAAUGUGUCAGAAUUUUCUCUUGAUGAACUUAUGUGUAAAAUUGGUUUUUCCUUUUGAAAAUCGCGCACCGAGCUCGAGUUACUGCGUACUGCUGUUUGAAUUGUUAAAGUUUGCCAAAUUAUCCUCCAAAGAGGCUUCUAUGAGUCGCUUCGAUGUAAUUUGAAAUGAAACGGACGCGCGUGGAUGAGACGGUAAAGGAAGGAAGCGGACCGCCCCCCAUCACCACCGGUACGUUAUACGGCCAACAGUUGCAGAACGCCAGCGCAUCGCUGGCGGCGUACACCGGCUGCGUCCAGCCCGCCAAAGUGGAAGGCAACAUGCAGUCGCGACUCCUGCCGCCCGCGGCCCCCGUCAGCUACGGCGCGAUGCCCGCCGCGGCAAGCGCCGCCCCACCGCACUCGCAGCUGCGAACCGCGCAACCCCCCAUGGAGUCCCCCAUGCAGCAGCAGCAGAGUCAGUCCCCCAAUUUCCAGAGGCUCAAAGUCGAAGACGCCCUUUCCUACUUGGAUUUGGUGAAGUACAAGUUCGGCUCGAAGCCGCAGGUGUACAACGAUUUUCUGGACAUUAUGAAGGAGUUUAAGAGUCAGAGCAUAGACACCCCGGGCGUUAUUCAGCGGGUCUCGAAUUUGUUCAAGGGAUUCCCCGAUUUGAUCGUGGGGUUCAACACGUUUCUGCCGCCAGGGUACAAGAUAGAAGUGCAACGCAUCGAUCAGGGGUACGCGUUUCAGGUUAGCGUUAGCGUGCCGAGCCCUACAGGCACUACCAACUCGGACCAGCACAAGUCCUCGAUGAUUUUGACGGGGACGGGCACGAUAAACAACAGCGGUGGAGGGCAAAACCCGCUGCCUUUAGCCACGCAGCAACAACAGCAAGCACAGCAGCACGUGGCGGUGGCGCCGCAAGCGCCCGCCGCGCCGCCGCCCGCGCCCCACCACGCGCCGUCGAGUUACGGCAGCGGCGCGCCCGCCGCCACCUACGGCUCGCUGUCGCUGUCGGCGGCGCAGGCGGCGGUCAACCACGCGCUGCAGGGCCACACGGACACGCCGCAGAAUCAGCCGGUCGAGUUCGACCACGCCAUCAACUAUGUCAACAAGAUUAAGAAUCGUUUCCAGGGACAGCCUGAAAAGUACAAGCGCUUCCUGGAGAUCCUGCACACGUACCAGAAGGAGCAGCGCACGCUGAAAGAUCAGACGGCGACGGUGAGCGUGGUCGGGGUGGGCGUUGGCGGGGGGCAGCACUUGACCGAGAAGGAGGUGUACAGCCAGGUGGCGAAGCUGUUCGAGAACCAGAGCGACCUGCUGGCGGAGUUCGGGCAGUUCUUGCCCGACGCCACGAGCCACAUCAACCAGACGGCGCCCUCGUCCGACCUGCUCGCGAACUCGUGCGUCAAGAAGGCGCAGAGCAAGCCGUACCACCGCGAUCUGAUCGUGCCGGCGCACAAGCAGCCCGGCGGCGGCAUUGCGGGAGGCGGUUUAGUCGGGCCCGGGCUGGUGCCGCAGGAGAGGAAGCGCUCGCCAUCUUAUCCAGGUUUGUUGCACAACCGGGACGCUCCGCCGACGAAAAAGCACAAAAUGUCUCUGUCGUCGUGCCGCGACGUAACUCUGAGCGAGGCCGGCAAAUACGGCACGCUAAACGACUACGCGUUCUUCGACAAGGUGCGAAAGGCGGUGCGCUCGCCCGAAGUGUACAACAACUUUCUGCGCUGCCUCGCCCUGUUCAACCAGGAGAUCGUCUCCAAAUCGGAGCUCAUACAGAUCGCGACGCCGUUCCUCGGCAAGUUUCCCGAGCUGCUGCGCUGGUUCCGCGAGUUCGUCGGCCAGCACCAGAACCAAGAGGUCGAGGCGGUGCCGUACGCGGCGGCGGUCAGGGGCGCGGAGCGGCCGCAAGGCGACAGCCUGCUGGAGAUCGAUCUGGCGACGGCCAAGCGGCUGGGCGCCAGCUACUGCAUCAUACCGAAGGCGCAGGAGGGGCUCUUGUGCUCGGGCAGGAGCCAGCUGGACAAGGAGGUGCUCAACGAUCAGUGGGUGUCGUUUCCCACCUGGUCGGAGGACAGCACGUUCGUCAGCUCGCGCAAGACGCAGUACGAGGAGUACAUGUACAGAUGCGAGGACGAACGUUUCGAGUUGGACGUGGUGAUCGAGACGAACGCCUCCACCAUCCGCGUGCUCGAAGGCGUCAACAAAAAACUGAACCGCAUGUCCGCCGACGAAACGUCGCGCUACAAACUGGACGACACCUUGGGCGGGCAGUCAGCUACGCUGCACCAGCGCGCGCUGCGCCGCAUCUACGGCGACAAGGCGGCCGACAUCGUCGACGGUUUGAAGCGCAACCCGUCUGUUGCGGUGCCGGUGGUGCUGAGGCGGCUCAAGGCCAAGGAGGAGGAGUGGCGGGAGGCGCAGAAGGGCUUCAACAAGGUGUGGCGCGAGCAGAACGAGAAGUACUACCUCAAGAGCCUCGACCACCAGGGCAUCAACUUCAAGCAGACGGACGUCAAGGCGUUAAGGUCCAAGAGCCUCUUCAACGAGAUCGAGACCAUCUUCGACGAGAGGCACGAGCAGAACGAGGAGGGGGCUGAGCAGGCGUCCGGAGCGCAUUUGGUGCUGCCAUACAAGGACCGCACCAUUUUGGACGACGCCUCGAACCUGCUGAUUCACCAUUUGAAGCGGCAAGCGGGCAUCCAAAAAGGGGAGAAGAGGCGCAUUAAGAAUUUGCUUCGGCAAUUUUUGCCCGAUCUUUUCUUUCAUCCCCGGCAGCCGGUCAGCGACGACGAAAGGGAGGACGACGACGACAAAGACGAUUGCGACGAGAGUCCGGGCAGCAGCCCGAGCGAAGCGAAAAGCGGCAAGGGCAGCUCGAGCCCGGGGAAAUCCCCGUCGAGGAGCGACGAUAACCCGGAAACGAUCAAAAACGAACCGGAAGCGAGGACGGAAGACGACCUCGGCAAAGUGCCUUCUUCACACGCCCAAAUCUCCGAUCCCGAGGAAUCGUAUUCUCUGUUCAUGGCCAACAACAACUGGUACAUAUUCCUGCGACUGCACGCGAUUUUGUGCGAGCGUCUGGCGAAAAUUUACGAGCGCGCCGUUGCCUUGGCCGAGGAGGAGGCGCGCAUGCGCGUGGGGCGCAAAGAGAGCACCGCGGUGGCGCUGCGCCUCAAGCCCAAGCCGCAAAUCGAGGUGGACGCUUACUACCCGGCCUUCUUGGACAUGGUGAAGAACCUGCUGGACGGCAACAUGGAGGCGAACACGUACGAGGACACUUUGCGCGAGAUGUUCGGCAUCCACGCCUACAUCGCCUUCACCUUGGACAAGGUGGUUUCGUACGCGGUGCGCCAGCUGCAGCACUGCCGCGCCCACCUCGAGCUGGGCUACCAGCGCGCCGCCGAGAAGGCCGUCCAGGAGGAGAACUGCUUCAAGAUUUACGUCUACAAGAAGGAUUGCAGGACGACGAUAGAGCUGCUGGACACUGAACCGGAGGACCAGAAGAAGGUGGAGGACUCGAAAAAGUGGAGUUCUUACAAAGAGUGUUACGCGGAGUGCGGCGGCGGCGGCAACAACGUCGGCAACGCUGCCGACGGCGGCGGCGGCGGCUCGGAAUCGAAGCCGCGAUGCCCGGUGUACUUGAGCCGCAACCUGCGGCGCUACAAGAAGCAGCAGCGCGUCAACAACUGCGCGACGGCCAAGGAGAAGCGCUACGCGAGGAAGAAGGACCUUCUCGAGGACGACAUGGGCGGCGGCGGCGGCGAGGAGAGGGGGGGCGGCGGCGGCGGCGCUGCGGCCAGCGAGCUGGACAUGUACGAGGAGCUGGAGCGUAAGCUGAACGAGCGCGCGCCGCCCGAGCGGAACCGCGCGGAAAAUCCGGGCGGCGGCGGGUACGAGGUGGCGGACGACGCGCAGUGCAAGUUCCAGUUCGGGCAGGACUCGAAGAUCAUGUUCACCUUCAACAAGGACAGUUACAUUUACAAAAUGAGUGCCUUUAGCAGAGCCAGAAAGUCUCAUCCGACGGUGACGAAGCUGAAAGCUUCGCGAUUCCGCGCGUUCCUCAAAGAGUGGGCCGUCGAGAACGUAAGUGACGCGCAGUCUCGCGACUGCGCGGAAUGGUUCAUGGGCCGCGGCGACGGCUUCGUGCCCAACAGGACGCGCCUCCACUGCGACAACGACUGCGCGCGCGCCCCCUACGUCCCCUACAACCGCUACCGCGUCGAGCGCCUCCCCACUCUCCCCUCGGAGGCGCUGCCUUUGCCCCCGUGAGCCCCCCACCCCUCCCGUUGACUUGAUCUUUUCACGGCGCACAAUUUUAUUAUCCCCCCUUCAAUCCUCAAAACGCAUAUAUUUAUUGUCGAACAAUUGCAACCUUCGAAGUGAUAUGAACAUUUUUUUAUUUACGUAAUUUAAGGUCAAACUCGUUUUGUACGGACGUUUCAAGUACUUUUGUACGGUUCUUCUAAUCAAAAGUUUAUGUUGUGGUCAGUGCAAUAGUUUGAGCUGACGAGAAAGAUUAUAUUUUAAUUCUGUUACGUUGUUUAUUACCCCUCUGCGAUGGAGGUGCCGGGGAUUCCCCGACUUGGAGUUACAAGCGCCAGCGCGCUAAAUUAUUUAUUUAUUUAAACUUUGUGUGUGUGUCCGGAAAUCGGCCGAGGAAUCCUUUCCGCCUCGAAUCGCCAUCAAAAUGCAGUUUGUUUAUUGAUAGUACAAACCAUUAGAAUACGUUUUGUAUUUUUCGCUUUAAUUAACGAAGUUAUCAAUGCCUUUGUUUUCUAACGAUUUUUAUUUAUAAUUUUUUUAAUUCUUGUGUUGACAUAUCAUUUAUGUGUGGAAUCAUUAAUUAAUUACAACGCGGCGACAAAACAAUGAAGUAAAUUUUAGGGUUUUUAACAUUCGAAAAUGAAUAAAUAAAUAAAUAGCUGUGCUUCCAGGUUUUGUAGGAAAAGUUGCGAACUCAGGAGGCAGUCUAAAUUACCUACGCUAGAUAAAAAAAGUACAAAAUAUAUUUUUAUAAUGUAUAAUGUGUCGUAAAGGUAUGUCAGCAUUUCUACAUCGCCAUCCAUGUACAUAAAUAAGGAACUACUAGCAAUAAUGGGAAAAUAACCAAUGCCACUCAAAUCAAGCACACCCGGUAUAAAACAUUCCAUUUUAUACAAAAGAAACAAUGAUUUUAUAUAUCAAACAAAAAAAUAAUUUUAAGCGUCGACGAGUUUUUGGUUAUUUUCGCAUUUUAUACGAACCUCACUUUUGAUUACUGUAAAAAUGUCUGUAUAGAAAUGGUUGAAAGUGAGAGAAAUGAUUGUACACAUUGAAAUUUUAAAUAAAACUGUACACAGUACAUUUAAAUUUAUAA